AUGGCGCCGUCCUCUCAAACCCUCCGCGACAUCACCGACCGCGCCGAACAGGACCUAAAUAUCUACGCGGCUAAGACAAGCGCGCGCGAGACCUCAUCUGCCGAUAGUAAGUUCCCUGAUGCCGGCUACGGGAAUCGGGUACCGCCUGAGGAGGGUGGCGAGGUAGAUGCGCGCGGGAGACGCAGACAAACCCACAGCCACCACCUAUCAGGCGGCAGCGGGCCCUCCUCGGACAAGCUGGCUCGCGAUCACGGCGGCGACAGCGUCAAGGAUUCUGAGCUAGCCCUAACGACGACGAGGGACCGUGAUUUUGGGCCGUCAACCGUUGGUGACAAGACAGAAAAAGGAGAUGGUCGGCGCCGCGAUGUGAUGAUGUCCGAGGGGAAGGCGAAGGAGGCUGUGCUGUCGGAUAAUUAG